CCCCGCUCUUCUCAUUGUGUUGUUGUGUAGUUUGUGUUUGUACCGGCGACUGUGCGACGUUGUUUAAGAGCGAGACACCAAACUGCGUUCAGAAUUCUGCCAAUUUAAAGUUUCGUUGUCGUUUGCGAACUAAAACAUUUACUGAAGAACUCAGAAACCUGUCGCCGGACAUUUGGAUUCACGUUGUUAAAUUCGUCUCCUUCACUUUCACCAGAAACUCACGUGUAGCGUCACGUUUGAACUUUUGUUGGUCGCUGCCUGUACAACUCUCUGCCACUAGCCGGACGCUAAGGCGCAACCACGUGACGCGUCAGAUAAAGUGACAAUCUAACCAAAACCUGUUCGUACGAAGGACGCAAGUUCAGCCGAUUCUUUCAGGAACACCCGAGUUUACACUUCAUCGCUAAAAAUACACCUGACGACGUUUGUAACGCUUAAAAUGUGUGUAAUACUUUAUAUUGCUAAAUAUUUGAACGGAGUUUGGUUCCUGGGCCAGUCAGGAAAAAAGUUAGGAUACUAUUACACUGAAAACUUUAAUUUUGGUUUAGUUAAAAUCACAAGUUUAGUUAAAAACAUUGAGCCGAUUUUUACAGUAACACAAAAUAACACACAGCUUUAAAACAACAUAACUAUGAAACAUCUUGAACUUUUCAUAUAUCUGCAGUUUAUAUUUUAUAUUUAAUUGAAAUCAUGUUGAGAUGUUUUUAUUCAGGCAGAACUGAGUUUAUGCCUUUUUCUCAACAGUCAAAGUACUGGUUGUAUCUUAAAUGGCCAACAUAUUGAACAGUUUGGUUUUGACUGCUCUAAAACACUAUAAUGCUGAUAAUCACUGCAAUGUUCACACAGCUGCCAGUUUAUAUGAAUUAAAAUCAUGUUUUCUUCUCUUCCUCAUGUAAAACACUUCAUGUAUCGUAGCAAUGCACAUGUUCAGAAGAGAAAAAGGCUCCACAGCCCAAACGCCAGCGGUGCCACCAAGACCCAGCAAGGAGGAGCUGGAUCAUCCCGUCGCACACAGCCGGAACCCGGAGGAUCCAGAGACGACCGCAGCGUCACAGGAAAACAACAAUGAGGUCAAACAGGAACUGAACCCAAAGACCAAGAGGACGGGGGUGAUGGGGGUGAUGCAGCAGGUCAACCCCUUCAAGUCGAGCUCACAGGUUCCCUCCCGAGUCAACAAAGCUCCGUCGUCUGAGUCACUGGAGCAAGAACCCGACUCCACUCAGAGCGCUGGCGUGCUGAAGGGAGCCCUGCAGAAGGUCAACCCGUUCAGAUCCAGCUCCCAGGUUCCUAAAGCUCCUUCUGCCGAGUCCCUGGAACGAGUCCCCGCAUCCAAUCAGAAUCCUGGUGUGUUGAAAGGAGUCAUUCACAAAGUCAACCCCUUCAAGUCUUCAGCUCAGAUGCCAAAAAGUGAUCCUCAGGUCGACUGCACCGACCCACCAGAGGCUGGAAGAGAGGUUCAGGCCAAACAGAAUCCAGGGAUGAUUUCAGGAAUGAUGCAGAAAGUGAAUCCUUUCAAAUCCUCACAGCCAAAGGAACCUCUUCACGGUGACCUCUCCUCCAGCAGCGGAAGCUUAACAGACACUAACAACUUACCAGACAAACAGAACCCAGGGAAGUUCAAGGGGAUGAUGCAGAAAGUGAACCCCUUCAAGUCCCACUCACAGGUAUCAGCUCCAGAGUUCAGAUCAGAGACGGAGCCAGUAGACGAGUGUCAGACCGACUCGCUGGUUCCUGCCGGACCCUCGUCACUGAAGACUCAGGAGCAUGGGGAUCUUCACAGCGACCUCUCGUCCAGCUCUGAGAGCUUGGAUGACAGAACCAUCGAGAGACAUUCUAUUUGGUACAUCGACUCCGACGCCACCUGUGAGGUGACAAAUGAGCCCGUGAAGCCAAAGAAACGAACCAUGACUUUCAGAAUAAAGAGGAUUCUGCCCAGUGCUUUGUUUGGACCUGGAGCAAAGGAUUCUGCAUCAGACUCUCAGGCCUUAAUCGAGGAGGUUGUUGAAGUUCAGACUCUAGAAAUGGCCGCGGUGCCGGUUCCCGGCGAAGGAACAGCCCUGGACCCUCUGGACGAUGAAGACGGCCUUUUGGAUUGGUGGAGGACAGUAGAAGGGUGGGAGGAGUGGAAUGCAGCAAACCAGAAUGAGGAAGCUGAAGAAGUUGUGGAAGACGCAGCCGAUCGUGUCUUCAUGGCAGCUCGUCUCUUCGUCCGCUUCUUCAACCAGCGCGGCGCCUCCCUGCAGCAGCGCGUCCUGGAGCUCCUGGGUUUGGCCGAUGCAGCCGACAGUUUUCACAAGAAAACCGUCACGGCCAGCGUCGGCGGGGGGGUGGCCAGCGUGGCCGGGUCCAUCACCACCAUCACCGGCCUCAUCCUGGCGCCCUUCACUGCGGGAACCUCCCUCAUCGUCACGGCCGUGGGCAUUGGCAUUGCUACAGCGGGCGGCGUGGCGUCUGCUUCGGCCAACAUCACGGACACGGUCCAUUCGAAGACGGACCGCAAGAAGGUGGAGAAGAUGAUCCAGGACUACGAGGAGGAGAUGAAGGACAUCAAGGAGUGUCUGGAGUUUCUGGAGGAGGGGAUGGAGACGCUCGAGCAGUGGGACUUUGAGAAAUUCGCUGAAACCAUCUCAAAAAAACACCUAAACCAGAACGUGAAACACGUGAUGAAGGAGGGCGGCCGAGCCGGCAAGGCCUUGGUCAUCAACACGGAGAGUCUGAUCAGCACGGUUCAGGUCCUCGGCGUUGCAGGCACCGCUGCCAAAGCCGCCCAGGUGAUGAGCAUCACCACCGGCGUCAUGUCGGGUCUCUUCCUGGCGCUCGAUGUCUUUUUCCUGGCGAAGGACUCCAUGGAAUUGAGGAAGGGCGCUAAGACGGACUUUGCAGGAAAAAUCCGAGAAGUUUGCAAAGACCUGCAGGACGGACUGCUUCAGCUGAACAACAUCAAGGAGCAGCUGCAGAAGACCAUGGAUGGGAUCGAGGUGGAGGUCGACGAAGAGGACGAAGAGCAGCUGAAGUCUGAUCUGAAGAAACUCAUGGAGCUUGAAGACUGAAGUAAUGGUGAUUGAAAUCCAAACUGAAGUUUCAAAAACAGUGUCAAUCCAAAAAGUCUAAGUAGAAAAUGGCCUUGUAGUUUUUAUAAUUAUUCCAUAACUGUACCAAACCUGCCAUGUUAUGACGAGAGUAUUGAAGUAGCUGCUUUGUAGGACUAUAUUUUAAAUAUUUAUUAGUUUAAUUAUUAAACUAGAGGUUACCAUAUUGUCAUUGUGAUUAUUUAAUGUUUCUUUGCAAUUAAAGUGUUUCUAACUUA